CGCUCCCUCCCCGCCCUCCCCGCGCCGCCGCCUCCUCCUCCUCCCGGCCUCCCUCUCCCAGCCAAACUGAAAGCUGGACCCCAGGCCGCCGCGCCGCCGCCCGGCCUCCCCGCCAGCGCGCCACCAUGGGCAGUCCCGGUUUCCCCUUGUAAAGAUGGCGGUGAGGGAUCGCUGCAACCUUUAGACUAAUGACUGUCCGAAACAUCGCCUCCAUCUGUAAUAUGGGCACCAAUGCCUCUGCUCUGGAAAAAGACAUUGGUCCAGAGCAGUUUCCAAUCAAUGAACACUAUUUCGGAUUGGUCAAUUUUGGAAACACAUGCUACUGUAACUCCGUGCUUCAGGCGUUGUACUUCUGCCGUCCAUUCCGGGAGAAUGUGUUGGCAUACAAGGCCCAGCAAAAGAAGAAGGAAAACUUGCUGACGUGCCUGGCGGACCUUUUCCACAGCAUUGCCACGCAGAAGAAGAAGGUUGGCGUCAUCCCACCAAAGAAGUUCAUUUCAAGGCUGAGAAAAGAGAAUGAUCUCUUUGAUAACUACAUGCAGCAGGAUGCUCAUGAAUUUUUAAAUUAUUUGCUGAACACUAUUGCGGACAUCCUGCAGGAAGAGAAGAAACAGGAAAAACAAAAUGGAAAAUUAAAAAAUGGCAACAUGAAUGAACCUGCGGAAAAUAAUAAACCAGAACUCACCUGGGUCCAUGAGAUUUUUCAGGGAACGCUUACCAAUGAAACUCGAUGCUUGAACUGUGAAACUGUUAGUAGCAAAGAUGAAGAUUUUCUUGACCUUUCUGUUGAUGUGGAGCAGAAUACAUCCAUUACCCACUGUCUAAGAGACUUCAGCAACACAGAAACACUGUGUAGUGAACAAAAAUAUUAUUGUGAAACAUGCUGCAGCAAACAAGAAGCCCAGAAAAGGAUGAGGGUAAAAAAGCUGCCCAUGAUCUUGGCCCUGCACCUAAAGCGGUUCAAGUACAUGGAGCAGCUGCACAGAUACACCAAGCUGUCUUACCGUGUGGUCUUCCCUCUGGAACUCCGGCUCUUCAACACCUCCAGUGAUGCGGUGAACUUGGACCGCAUGUAUGACCUGGUUGCUGUGGUCGUUCACUGUGGCAGUGGUCCUAAUCGUGGGCAUUAUAUCACUAUCGUGAAAAGUCACGGCUUCUGGCUUUUAUUUGAUGAUGACAUUGUAGAGAAAAUAGAUGCUCAAGCUAUUGAAGAAUUCUAUGGCCUGACAUCAGAUAUAUCAAAAAAUUCAGAAUCUGGAUAUAUUUUAUUCUAUCAGUCAAGAGAGUAACUUAAAGAACUGUGGAACUGAGUCAAGUAGGGGAAAAUGUUCAAAGCACUAUUACCUGGUUUCUCUGCAGUCUUUCUUCUUCCCCAGUGGCCCACUAAUGGUAUCACUCUUGAGUCUCAAUGGUCUGGCCGAGUUACUCUCCCUUUGUGUUUUUACAUGCAGCACUACUCUUGGUUUUAUUUCAGUCUGACGUAGAGUUAACUGCAAUCAGAUUGUAGUCUGAUUUAUAUGAAUAACAGUUGCUAAUUUUAGGACUGGGUGAAAGCUAUGCCAUUCAUUAUGUCUGGCUGUAUUAGAAUGACAUUUCCUAUGAAUGUCUAUGGUCUAUUUUAGGUGUUUGCUAAACUUCUGUGGCUUCCAGGGUCUUCUUACAAUGCAUUCCUUUAACUUGUCCCUGGAAGCAUUGCUACCCAUUUUCAGCUUCUCUGCCUCUUUUCUGAUAAAAGGACAGAAGAAUUGGGUAGAUAUUCACCUUUUAGAGGUGAAACUAUAGCUUUAAGUUUGUGCAAGUGAAAAUGUUGAAAAGUGAGUAACCUCGAUACUGAAAUCAUCCUUCACGUGAAACAGGGUGAAGAGAAGCUGUCCGCGGUGGGUGGUGUUGGCUGGCAUUGGCACUAGGCUGUGCUGACCUAGCCAUUAGAAUUCCAGGGGCUAAGAAGGCUCAGGGCAGGCAAAGCCAAGAGGGGGAAGUUUUUGUGGACAAUGAAAAGUUAUUUUCAUACCUUUCUACCAAAACCCAAGUUUCAGGAAAAUAACUCUAUGUUGUUUAUUUUCAGAGACACUUCUGUAAGGCCCUGUGAGUUGUAUUUAUCCUGUAUCGGGCACUGCUAAGCUUUUCAAGGUAUCUUUCCAAUCCUGCUGAUGUGUCACAGUUAGUGACUGCAGGGCUGGCAAACCUCCCCUUAGCCAGUCAGCAUGGCAUUGUUCCUUAUCAGGAAUAACAAAGGUACUGCAUCUUUCCAGCCAUCAGCACAUUGUACAACUUAACUUUUUAACAUAGUCCGUCUGUUUACUGAGGCACUGGCGAGUCCCAGGGCUGAUACAGAACCUUCCCUAGAGGGAAUACCAGAGUUAGGUGGGUAUGAAGGUGGCUCAAAGGAAGUGUCUGUGGGCAGGGGGAGGAAUGAACAAAAUGGCGCUGUUUCUUUGGCUCAGACUCCUAAAAUGCUUGACAAGACAGAAUUUUUUUGGAAGAACCUCAUCUCACUAUAGUUACUUUUUUCACUUUUGUUAUAUAUGUAUUUAUUAGAGCAUUUGAAUAUUGGUACCUUUAAUUAAAAGGGUCGUUUGGUGUUUUGCCGUUGAGCUGGUUUUUGAGUCUUAGAUCUUGGCUUCCUUUGGAAGUCACAUAACUUCCAUACACUAUAAUAAACUGUGAACAUAUUUUUGUUACCUAAUGCAUCCGCUAAUGAACAUGCAAACUUUGGGCAUAAUGUGAACUAAAAUUGAAAUGGAAAAUGUUAGUGGCCAUUUUGCAACAAUGAAGAGGAUAGCACUUUAUCUAGAUGAAAACUGGAUUUCUUAUCUUUGAAAUAUCUUGAACUGUUUAUUGCUCAGAACUUAAGUAAGCAUGCCAACAUUUCAUUUGUUUAUGCUUGAAGUGAAAUGUUUUACUUUUCACUGGAGAAGACAAAACAGAGUGAUCUUCAUGUUGUUGUUUUAUACAGUGAUGGAAAUGUACCUUGCCUUGUUUAGAGGCAAUUUCACAUUUAUAAGCAUUGUUUUUCUCUCCAUGAAACUUAUGCAGUGAUCACUACCUGGAAGGUGAGUCUUUGUCUCCUUUUAAGGAGAGGCACUUUCCGACUGAAGGUGAUUAAUGUAGGAAAAUGUUUGUACUACAUAGAAUCCAUAUAUUUGACUGCAAGUUACAAAGUUUUAAGAAAAUGAUGGUUGGCCUCUAAUAUAUUGGAACUGAUUCAUAAGAAAAGCUAUUAAAAUUAUCUUUGAAACAACUGUUGAAACUAAUUUAUUAGAAAAAAUAUUUCGAUUGGAAACCUAUAGAAGUAAUGUUUAAAUACUCAGUCAUAAGUUCAGGAUAUUUCUUUUCUAUUUGGUUGUGCAAAAUGUUUUUCCCAGUGAUUUAAUCGAAGUAAUUCCUUUUAAUAGAAAGAGUCAGUUAAAAUUCAGCAUUCAUGGAUAGAUUUUUAGAACGAAAAAGGGUAAGUAAGGGAAAAUAUUGCAAAGACAUUAAAACAGUUGUAUGGUGCAGAAAAAGAAGAUUGGAAAAAGACCAAAACACACUUCUCCAGCAACACUCCAUCAGCUUUUUAAAAUUUAGAGCUAUCUGCUAAUUUUUUCACUCUUCCUCCUCAAUAAAUGAAACAAACACUAGGCAGCUACAAGUUUUUCCCAAUCAUGUAUCUUUAUGUAAAGACAGUAACAUGCAAACACUUUUAGUUUACAUCCCUCAUUCAUAGUGUAAAACAGGAAAUGGUAUGGGAGAUGUGAGACCAUUCUGAGGUCAGCAAUAGCCCAAAGGCUCCUCAGUAUUCCCUCCAAUGGCCAAGGAUUUCCUGUGUCAUCUGCAGAAGUGAGUAGGCCUGCUGUAUUUCUUUUAACUGCUGGGUGUUAUAAAAUAAGUUACAGUGUUUUACACUUAAAAAAAAAAACAGAAGGAACAUUUGCUGUAUUGGUUACUUACUAGUUUAGCCUCUAGGUUAUGGCAUAAAAAAUGCUAAGAAAUCAUGUUUUUAAAAGUAAAUGUUGGUAAAAUGCUGGCAUCAAGUCCUAUUGUGUUGGUGCAUUUUCCCUUAUAUGGUCAUAGGAAAUGGACUGGUCUGAAGAGAGUGAGGCACAACAUAAGCAGGGCAUUAGUUUGAAUAGGAAGUCAGUCAUAUUUGGUUUUAUGGCCUGGUAUAUUUUGGAUUUAAGAUAAAAUGGGGAAAAAAUGUCAGAAAUGGUCCCUAUGCAUUUAUUUUCAUGGAUACCCUUAAUUUCAUGGGCAUGCCGAAUAAUGAUCUAUGUUCUAACUGGAGCUUAGGGCUUAUUUUAGAUAUUGGAGUGUAGCUUUAUUACAGAUGGAUUUUAUCUUUCAACAUUGCAUUUUGAUCAACUUUGUAUAUUCAUGUGUAUUAAAAUAUUGUGCACUAAAUGUUUUGCCCUUGUUUGCUAUUAUAUGGUCAAGGCAUUUAUCAGCACUAUUGUAAUGAACUCAUGUAAAUGGCAUGGGUCAGGGAAAAUUAUUUCCUACUUUUCUGCCUAAUUAAAUUUCUGUUUUCCAGUAUUACAUUAAUUUAUUUUUGGCUUCCAUUUCUGUGUAACCAAAAUAGUUACUGUAUUUGUGUGGCAUUCCUAUUAUUUUGUUGCUAAAAAUAUUGUAGUUUUUAUUUAAAAUAAUCUGUACCUUAAUUUUUAAAAAUGUAACCAAUUCAAGCACUUUAAGCAAUAAUGUCAAUCUUGUGAAAUUUUAAUCAGUUUAACACCCUGCCUCUAAAAUUGUUUGCAAAAAAUAAAUAAAUGAAUAAAAUGGAAAUUCUCUUUCUA